UAAGAUUUCUCACGAGAUUGUUUAUUUCCUCUCCACCCCACCCCUUUUAGCCCAUGCCCACGCCCACACACAACCACACAAACCAGAACUCUCCCCGAAGCCUGGAGCCGUCUGCGAAUGAUGCUGACGCCAAUUCCAGGACUCCGGACAGAAACACAAUGGGCGGGCGUGGGCGCCUGAUCCUUCCUGCCAGGGUCCAGCACUUGUGUUUGGAAUCUGAGGUGCUGCCGCUCCUUGGGCGGGAAAAGCAAGCCACUCCACCCCAGUGGUCACUUUCUGUUUCUCCUGUUCUAAGCGGGGGAGUGGGGUGGGGGGUGCUUGACCUUCUGGUCCACCGUGUUUCUUGUGCCCUGGCGCCAGCUGUGUCCCUGACCCCAGAAUAAAUCAGGGCUGCACCGGGCCUGGCAGAGCUCCCGAUACAUUUCCUGUCGCGGCCUAAGGGAGACUGUUGACCGCUGCGACUCUUGUUAGGGAUUGUCGGCGGAUAGGGGGCCCGGCGGAGGGAGGGGAGAGGAGACUGGGUGGAGGCUGACAGCUGUGGAGGGAGGGCGGUGACCGCGCUCGGAGGCAGUGCUGCGCCCUCGGGCGGGACAGACCCAAGUUAGGAGCAGCUGCGGGCACCGAGCCUCGAACAUGAGACUAGCGUUCGCCCUGUGCUUCCUGGGGCAGGUUCUUUGGUUUGGGACAGGCGCGGGCGAGCACCCCACCGCCGAUCGAGCAGGGUGCUUGGCUUCGGGGGCCUGCUACAGCCUGCACCACUCGACCAUCAAGCGGGAGGCGGCCGAGGAGGCCUGCAGCCUGCGCGGUGGGGCGCUCAGCACCGUGCAAGGGGGCGCCGAGCUGCGCACAGUGCUGGCUCUGCUACGGGCAGGCCCGGGACCCGGAGGGGGCUCCAAGGAUCUGGUGUUCUGGGUGGCGCUGCAGCGAGAGCGUUCCCACUGCACCAUGGAGAACGAGCCAUUACGGGGCUUCUCCUGGAUGUCCCCCGACGCCAGUGGGGCCGAAAACGACACGCUGCCCUGGGUAGAGGAGCCCCAGAGCUCCUGCACGGCGCGCAAGUGCGCGGGACUCCAGACCACCGGGGGAGUUGAGCCCGCGGGCUGGAAGGAGAUGCGUUGCAGCCAACGUGCCAAUGGCUACCUGUGCAAGUACCAAUUUGAGGCCUUGUGUCCCGCGCCACGCCUCGGGGCCGCAUCUAACUUGAGUUACCGUGCACCCUUUCAGAUGCACAGCGCUGCGCUGGACUUCAGUCCUCCCGGGACCAAGGUGAGUGCGCUCUGCCCUGGGCAGCUCUUGGUCUCAGCCACUUGCCUUGUGGAUGAAACGGGCACACACUGGGACGGGCUACCCCUGGAGGCCAUGCUCUGUCCUUGUCCUGGGCCUUAUCUCCGUGCAGGCAAAUGCAUGGAGCUCUCUGACUGCCUUGAUGACUCCGGAGGCUUUGCCUGCGAAUGUGCUCCCGGCUUCCAUCUGGGGACGGACAGACUCUCCUGCGUGACCAACGGCGAAGUUCAGACAGAACAUAGGGGGACUAACGUGUCCACCAGGCGCCCGCCCCGUGUGCCUGAACUAAGCGGUUUAGCAACGGCUACUCCUGGGAUUCUUCAGGGGGAAGCAAUGAGCACCAUGCCCACCUUUCAAACGUCCCCUCAAACCAAAGCAGGGAACACCACCACCCCAGCCGGAAGUAUUGUCCGUAUUAUCCCCAUUAAUUCUACGUCUUCCUCUGCCAUUCCGACUGCUUGGGACUCCUCCACCGUGGUCUUCAUUCUCGUGAGCAUAGCAGUGGUAGUGCUGGUGAUCCUGACCAUGACGGUGCUGGGACUUUUCAAACUCUGCUUUCACAAGAGCCCUUCCUCCAGGCCCGUGAAGGGGCCUUUGUCCCUACAGGGUGUGGAGAGUAGUACUGAAGCUCAUUCACCUUCCAGUUCUGCACCUUGCACGGACAACGGGGUGAAGGCCGGGGACAGCGGUCUGCGGGACAGGGCAGGAGGUGCCUCGCUGGCGGAGUCCUCUCUUGGCCCUGGUAGUGAUAUAUAGGGAAACAAGACAUGGGCACUCCUGGACAACACAACUGUUCACUUUCAAUGAAAAGGAAGCCGGGGGGGAAUUUGUGAGUGACGAUUCCUACAAAAAUCCCCCUUCCUCUGAAUUCCCUAGGCUGUCCUGGGGAGCAAAAACGGAACUGCACAUUGUUCCAUCAAGGUGGAAGAGGUGGAAGUGCCUUAGGGUGGUACUGGGCAGAGUGGGAGGUGCGAAGGUAUGCUGGGAUGAGAUAUUUUCUCUUGCUUAUUCUGGGAAAUUUGAAGAGGUUAUUAAGACACUGGAAGCAAAUAGAAAACAAUGCAAAAUUUUUAAAUGUCUAUUUUUACCAAGAUAAGAAGGACUUCUCAGUUUAUAUUGUCCAAGUUGGAAGUAUAUUGGUUUGAAAAUCCCAAGCCAAAACAAAAAAUAUAUGUAAAUAAAUAAAGUAUUGUUAACCUAGACUUGAAUAUGAUUGGCUUCCUCCUAGCGUGAUUGCCCAGGAAGAGCAGCUGCAGAACACGGAGGAAUUAGCAACAAGGGUGUAUACUUCUUUUCAGGUUGAAGGGAGUGUCCUGAAGUCCUUGUAAUGAGGAACUGAUUUUUAAGAACUAGUAACUUUGCCCUGUGAUCACUCAUCCCGUGCGUUCAAAGUCACUACUGCCUGUGUGCACUGCUAUAAAUCCAAAGUGUAGGGUUGCCAGAAUUGCUGGCUCUAGAAGCAAAUUAUAGCUGACCACCAAUUCAAGUGUUUACUGUGUGUCCUUGCCCAAGGAAACAAAUGAUUUGCGAUUUCCGCUUCCAGUGUUUGUGCUCGCCCGUGUAGUGACCUCCUCAACCAAAUAGCCCUCUUCUAAACAUCAGGAUGUUGAUCCAUUCUCCCAAUCACGGUGGAAUUCAUUCUUGAUUAAAGUGUUAGUGCAAAGUACUGAUUUGAAAUCUUACAGGUACCUUAAAGCAUAAGCAAGCUGAGUUUUCCUCCAAACUUCCCAGGUCCUUGUGCAUGUUUUAAUCUGUGGAAAAGCCUGAACAGUAAACUUUUUGUUUCCUUAUAGCAAGAAUGUGUUCAUUGAAAAUAUAUGCUCAUUUUGGAAUGAUUGCAAUUUAACAAAAGUCUACAUAAACAAAAAGCAUAGUAAACAGCUUUCCAUAUGAAUAAUAAUAUAAGACAUAAGUUAUGAAUAUAAAAAUCUAGCAUUGUUCUAUGGCCGGGGGUGAUAGAAUACAACAUAAACGAAACAUUUCUCUGAAGAAAUGAUUAAACCGUUAUUAAAAAUUACAUUUAGUUAAAUAAAGCCUCCUAAAAAUAUUCCAAUUUUAUUAGUAUGCUGAGAGUUUAAAUGGGUGGACUAUGGAGAGAGAGAAGCAAACUUCAUAACAAAAGUGUGAAAUCAAGAACUUAUCUUCACUGACUCAAUUUGAUGGACCUGAGAGUACAUGGCAUACAGCGCAGGUCAGGCUUAAAAUUAGAAAGUGACUAAUAAAAUGAUCUACUAAGUAAAGCAACUCAAUCUAUAAAUCCAUGUUCAAAAUGUAUGUGUUUGGUACUCA